UCUCUUUCUUCAUCGAACUGAACAAGAAAACAAAACAAAUUCCCACCUCAAAGAUCAAAAUGUCUGUCCAGGUCGGCAUCAACGGUUUCGGUCGCAUUGGUCGUAUCGUUCUCAGGAACGCCAUCGAGCACGGCGAACUCAAUGUUGUUGCUAUCAACGACCCCUUUAUCGAUCUUGAGUACAUGGUUUACAUGUUCAAAUAUGACUCGACCCACGGCCGUUUCAACGGCACUGUUGAACAAAAGGACGGUAAACUGGUUAUCAACGGCAAGCCCGUUGCCGUCUUUGGUGAGCGCGACCCCUCAACCAUUCCUUGGGGUCAAGUCGGUGCCGACUAUGUCGUGGAGUCUACCGGCUUCUUCACGACGACCAAGCACGCCUCAGCCCAUCUCACCGGCGGUGCCAAGAAAGUAAUCAUCUCGGCUCCUUCGUCGGACGCGCCCAUGUUCGUAGUCGGCGUCAACCUCGACGCCUACAAGCCCGAGUACAAGGUCAUUUCCAACGCGUCCUGCACCACAAACUGCCUCGCCCCUCUCGCAAAGGUCAUCCAUGACAAGUACACGAUUGUUGAAGGUCUCAUGACCACUGUCCACGCUACCACUGCGACCCAGAAGACGGUUGACGGCCCUUCAGGCAGGGAAUGGCGCGGCGGCCGUGGUACUACUGCCAACAUCAUUCCCCUGGGGACCGGUGCGGCCAAGGCGGUCGGCAAGGUUAUUCCUUCCCUCAACGGAAAGCUGACUGGCAUGUCGUUCCGUGUCCCCGUCUCGGACGUCUCCGUGGUCGACCUCGUUGUCCGCCUUGAGAAGAGCGCGUCGUACGACGACAUCAAGGCCACCAUCAAGAGUGCAUCCGAGUCGCAUGUGCUCAAGGGAAUCCUCGGCUACACCGAUGAGGAAGUGGUGUCGACCGACUUCCUCGGGUCUACCGAGUCGUCCAUCUUUGAUGCCAAAGCCGGCAUCUCGCUCAACCCCAACUUUGUCAAGCUCAUCUCGUGGUACGACAACGAGUAUGGCUACUCACGCCGUGUCUGCGACCUCAUUGCAUAUGUAGCCAAGGUGGACAAGGCCGGCAAGGCAUGA